AUGGAAACUCGAGCAAAUGGGCAUAAAAUAACUGAAUUAGAAGAGAAAGUGCUUCUUCAGUAUAUAAUUGAUAUGGAUGAUAGAGGGUUUGCACCUAAAUUGAGUGGUGUAGAAGAUAUGGCGAAUUAUAUUCUUCAGUCGCGAGGGGCAAAGAAGGUUGGAAAGCUUUGGGCUCAUCGAUUCGUAAAGCAUCAUACGGAAUUAAAGACGCGUUUUAAUCGCGUUUAUGACUUUCAAAGGGCUCUCUGCGAAGAUCCUAAGCUUAUUGAAAGGUGGUUUCAAAUGGUAUUGUUGGUACGAGAAGGAUACGGAAGACGUAGCACCCACAGAUUAUAUAGGUCCUCUUUCAAAGCUGUAUAUCAACAAUCAAUUACAUCUCAGAAUAUAAAAGCUGGGUUUCGAGGAACUGGAUUAAUACCAUUUAAUCCUGAAGCUGUACUCUCAAAGUUAGAUAUUCGAAUUCAUACACCUACUCCCCCCCCUCUCAAUAUAGAUCCUUGGAUCUCUCAAACACCUCACAAUCCAAUUGAAGCUCUUUCUCAAUCAACUUUAGUAAAAUCUCGAAUAAGUCGUCAUCAAUCAAGCUCUCCUACACCUAUAUUCGAAACUGUACUAGCUCUAGCUAAAGGUACAGAGAGAUUAGCACAUGAGAAUACACUUUUAAGUGCAGAAAAUCGUACACUUCGGAAGGCAAACGAGGCAUUAAGCAAACGUCGAUGCGCAAAAAAGAUUCAAUUACGUCAAGGAGGAGUGCUUACUGGACAAGAGGCUCUUGAUAUAUUAUCUCAACAAGAGGUUGAUAUUCAGAUUCAACGCGACGAGCAUCAAAAGAGAGGGAAUUCUAAUGGGGAAGCAUCUUCUAGUCGAUGCUGUAGUACAUGUGGGAGAACUGGUCACAAUUCAAGAACUUGUCAAAAUAGUAUAAUAGACCCUAGAUUAUUAGAUUCUUAA